AUGGAACUGAAGAUCAACCUUCUGUUUUACGACAACAGCGAGGUCUCUACCCCAGAGUCCCUGGCGCCCUUUCUCCGGGGAAGUGGUGACAGGUCGCCCAAAUCCAAGCGUCCGGGUCUCCAGGGCUCUGCAAGCCUCUUCCCGAGACUCAACCCGGGCUCUAGGGCAGGGCGUCCUUCUGGCAGCCGCCCCUCCACGGGUGUCCGCGGGGCACCGGGGGACCAGGGCGCGGCCCGGGGUCUGCGUCCUCAAGGGGACAGCGCGGCCGUCAGCUCCCACAGCUCCCGCCUCCUGGGCCGCAGCCCGCCGCCCCGCCCUCCCCGCCCCGGACCCCGCUACUCACCGGAGCCCGAAGCCCAGCCUCCCGCUCCCCGGCUGCCCAGCGGCCACCGACUAGACACUCAUGUCCCUGCCCGGGCCAGGGGGCCGCGGCCGAGGCUGCCGCCCGCAGACAAAGAAGCCGGAGCGGCUCGGCCCGGCUCGCUCGGCCCAGAGCCACUCGGGACCCGCCGCCCCCGAGCCCCCCGCCGGGGCUGGCAGAGCGGAGCAGUGCCGAGGAUUGGGUCAGUGUCCAACUGUGACUCUCCCGGUCGUCAACUGCCUUUCUCAACGGCGAACCUCAAGUUCACGUCUAUCCUCCAGCCUGGGAAAGGAAUGGGAGUGCGGAUGACGCUCAGGCUCAGUGGAGCAGGGCCUCGGGAGCAGCUGUGCCCUCGUGGUACAUCCCAGAGGGGACCAGGGUCCCGAACGCUCCGAGCCGCUUCACCUUCCCACCUUCCUGGAGGGGCGGAGUCCUAACCACAGC